AUGCUAAGCAGAGCAACGGCGCCUUGCAGAGGGAGCUGUUUAUCCAGACGAUAUUUGUCACUAGCAGCCAAAGAGAAGAGAGUUCUCGACAAGAAGGCCAACGACGACAGGAAAAUAUUCACGAGAAGGAAGAAAGAUGCGUCUUCUUGCCACACACCGCCCUCGGCGUCAACAGCAGCAGCCCCGGGCUCAGCUCAACCACCAAACACCACCACCACCAAGAACAACAAUGCAUCGUCGAUACCUGCGCCGCCAAAGUACCUCCCCGUGUCCCAGCUACCUCGAAUACCAGAACACUUGCAGGCGCAAUCGCUCGAGUCCAUCUAUAAGCAGCUAGGUCAGCAGCAUAUUCUUCAGCGUGUAAGCAACCCUCCCAUGGGUGUAAAUUUCGUGAUCCCCGCAGAGUGCAUGAAGCAAGCGAGUGACGAAACAGCCAGGCACCACAAGCCAGAUAAAGCCAAGGAAUUAGACUCGAAAAUUAAGGAGUUUAUAUCCAAUUCUUCUUCUGCCUCACCGGACAAGCCCGAUGACAAGAGCUUGAUCCAGCUAGGACGCGAAAUCAGUUCCAGAAUCGAGCCGGACCACAAUGAAAUCUACGCCGAGGCAGAACACCCUCUCAAGCGGACAUUAUCGGGCUUGCAGAUGUUGUAUCCGGCAAUGCACCAAAUCCACGAUUCUUUCCUCUGGCAAGUCAUCCCCGAGGACAAGUUGUGCGGGGUGCCUCCUUACCAAACUGACGAUGCCUUGGGGUUCAAGCAAUGGGAACAGGAUAUGAUUAACCAGCAAGAAAAGCAAAAGUUGGAGAAGGAGAUGGUGCAGCGGGAAUUGCAAGAGUUUCAAAGCUUGAUGGGUGACACCAAGUCCUUUUUCUACGACUCGGAGCUGGCUGCGAAUGGACACAGACGGAAAUUGAACCGCAAAUUGUUAAAGAGGUUCAAGAAGUUGAAGCAGGAGGGCAAGAUUCCUGAAAAAAAGGAGAAACUAGUUGUUGAGUACGAGUUGCUUUAG